GGAGCUGCAUCGAGCCGAGGUUGUAUCGCCCACCGACAAAAAGACUAUCGGACAUGGGCAACACGCCGGCCGCCAGGCGAGGCAGCGAGAUGGAGAGCGUUAAGGAGUUUCUCGCCAAAGCCAAAGAGGAUUUUCUAUGGAAAUGGGAAAACCCUGCACAGAACACAGCCUGUCUGGAAGAGUUUGACAGGUUGAAAACUCUGGGAACGGGUUCAUUUGGCCGCGUGAUGUUGGUCAGACACAGAGAGAGUGGGCAGCACUAUGCCAUGAAAAUCCUCGACAAACAGAAGGUGGUGAAGCUGAAACAGAUAGAGCACACUCUUAACGAGAAGCGUAUUUUACAGGCGGUCAGUUUCCCUUUCUUAGUGAGGCUGGAGUACUCAUUCAAGGAUAACUCUAAUCUGUACAUGGUGAUGGAGUAUGUACCGGGAGGAGAAAUGUUUUCUCACCUGCGAAGAAUCGGCAGGUUUAGUGAACCACAUGCUCGUUUCUAUGCGGCUCAGAUCGUGCUGACGUUUGAGUACCUGCACGCGCUUGACCUCAUCUAUAGAGACCUGAAACCAGAGAACCUCCUCAUUGACCAGCAGGGCUACAUCCAGGUGACAGAUUUUGGUUUUGCCAAGAGAGUGAAGGGUAGGACUUGGACGCUGUGUGGCACACCAGAAUAUCUGGCCCCAGAGAUCAUUCUCAGCAAGGGUUAUAAUAAAGCUGUGGAUUGGUGGGCACUGGGGGUGUUGAUAUAUGAAAUGGCGGCUGGUUAUCCUCCAUUCUUUGCCGACCAGCCCAUUCAGAUCUAUGAGAAAAUCGUCUCAGGGAAGGUGCGGUUUCCGUCCCAUUUCAGCUCAGACUUGAAGGACUUGCUGAGGAAUCUCUUACAGGUGGAUCUGACCAAACGCUUUGGAAACCUCAAAAACGGCGUCAAUGACAUCAAAGGACACAAGUGGUUCACCACCACCGACUGGAUAGCCAUAUAUCAGAGGAGGGUGGAGGCCCCCUUUGUGCCCAAGUGUAAAGGACCUGGUGACACCAGCAACUUUGACGACUAUGACGAAGAGGAGAUCCGUGUGUCCUUCAGCGAGAAGUGCGCAAAAGAGUUCUCCGAGUUCUAGGUGCAGAG